AUGCCGUCCCCCCGCCGCCUCCGGCUCGUCAUGCUCGCCGCCGUCCUCACCGUCGUCCUCAUCCUCUUCUACUCGUCGGGCCUCGACGACAGCAAAAAGGACACGCGCUCCUUCCAGGACUUUUACCACAAGACCAUGGACGGCAUGAGCAAGAAGGGGUCAACGUCGCCACCGUCGCCGCAGGGCCAGGCCGUGCUCGACUCCAAGACGGGCGCCAAGGCCGGCCACAUCCCCGCCGACACGGACGGCGACGGCGACGUCGACGAGGAUGACCGCCGCGCGUCCGCCGGCACCAAGGAGCGCCUCCGCCAGGCCGAGCAAAAGGCAAAGGACCUGGCCAACGAGAAGUCGCCCCUCAAGCCGGACCCCCCGAGCGAGGUCGUCGGCAAGGGGAACUCGGCGGACGGGCAGGUCAAGAAGCCUGCUGCGGGCGGUGCGGGAACGGUCGGCAAGGCCAAGGAUGCGCCGGCCAAGGAGUCCAAGGAGGAGAAGGAGAUUGACGCGGAGCUGAAUGCCAUUCUGAAAAAGGCACCAGUCAUCAUCUUCUCCAAGUCCUACUGCCCCUACUCCAAGCGCGCCAAGGGCAUCCUCCUCGAAAAGUACGCCAUCACGCCCGCGCCCUACGUCGUCGAGCUAGACGAGCACCCUCAGGGCCGCCAGCUGCAGGACCGCCUCAAGCUCAAGACGGAGCGCGGCACCGUCCCCAACGUCAUCAUCAACGGCGUCAGCAUCGGCGGCAGCGACGAGAUCGUCGAGCUCGACAACGCCGACAAGCUCGUCGCCCGCAUCAAGGGCCUGGCCGGCAAGCGCGUCGCCGUGGCGGAGCGCUUCAGCGCCGGGGGAGGGAAAUGA